CAGGCGAGGGUCAUGAAGUGUAACCACUCCUGAGCUACCCGAACCCAGGAAAACCAGCGGCGUCCCCUUCCCCUUCGGGCUGCCGCGAGCAACUCGCCCACCUCCGCCGGCGCCUUCUCCUCCUCGCCGGGCCUGGGGCGGGCGCAAGCCGGGCACUCGCCCGCCAGCUCGCCGGCAGCGCAGCCCAUGCGGCUGGGGGGCGGGGGCCGCGGAAGAGGCGGCAGGUUCCGCGUCCCAGGUGGCGGCCGGCGGCCAGGGGAGGUGAGGAGGCGGUGGCGGAGUCUGUCCCGGGCUCGGUGAUUGGCCGCCGUCUGCUUGCUGCGGGCCGAGGGUGAGCCGGGCGGUUUGGGAAAGUAGCCCGGGCCGGAGGAGGAAGGCGCAGGACUUGGCGAGCGCAGAGGCUGGAAGAUGCUCCUGUCCCUGGUGCUCCACACGUACUCGAUGCGCUAUGUGCUGCCGGCUGCCGUGCUCAUGGGCACGGCCCCCACCUAUGUCCUGGCCUGGGCGGCCUGGAGGCUGCUCUCCUUCUUGCUGCCCUCCCGCUUCUAUCAGGCGGUGGACGACCGGCUUUACUGCAUCUAUCAGAGCAUGGUGCUCUUCUUUUUCGAGAACUACACCGGGGUGCAGAUACUGCUAUAUGGGGAUUUUCCAAAAAAUAAAGAAAAUAUAAUAUAUUUAUCCAAUCAUCAAAGCACAGUUGACUGGAUUGUUGCUGAUAUUUUGGCCAUCAGGCAGAAUGCUCUUGGACAUGUGCGCUAUGUGCUGAAAGAUGGGUUAAAGUGGCUUCCAUUGUAUGGGUGUUAUUUUUCUCAGCAUGGAGGAAUCUAUGUAAAGCGAAGUGCCAAAUUUAAUGAAAAAGAAAUGAAAAACAAGCUGCAGAGCUACAUCAGCGCAAGAACUCCAAUGUUUCUUGUGAUUUUUCCAGAGGGAACAAGAUAUAAUCCGGAACUAACAAAAGUCAUUUCAGCUAGUCAAGCAUUUGCUGCUCAACAAGGUUUUACAGUGUUGAAACAUGUGCUGACACCAAGAGUAAAGGCAACUCAUGUUGCUUUUAAUUCUAUGAAGAAUUAUUUAGAUGCAAUUUAUGAUGUUACAGUGGCAUAUGAAGGGACUAUAGAUGAUAAAGGGCAGCGAAAAGAAGCACCAUCCAUGACUGAAUUUCUCUGCAAAGAAUGUCCAAAAAUUCAUAUUCACAUUGAUCGAAUAGACAAAAAAGAUGUCCCAGAAGAACCAGCAUAUAUGAGAAGAUGGCUUCAUGAACGUUUUGAAAUAAAAGAUAAAUUGCUUAUAGAAUUCUAUGAUUCACUGGACCCAGAAAGAAGAAACAAAUUUCCUGGGAAAAGUGUUAAUUCCAAAUUAAGUGUCAAGAAGACGUUACCAUCAUUAUUGAUCUUAAGUGGCUUGACUGCUAGUAUGCUUAUGACAGAGGCUGGAAGGAAACUAUAUGUAAAAACAUGGAUAUAUGGAACCUUAAUUGGCUGCUUAUGGGUUAGUAUUAAAGCAUAAACAAGUAGCCUUCUCUGGACAAUGGAAUGUGCUACAUUGUCUAUUAUUGGUGGCUGCAUAUACUUCGGAUUGUUACUGGGUUUACUAAGACGUGUAAAUAAAGCCUUGUUGAUUGAACUUUGGAUAAAAUAGAAUUUGUGACUAAAGCCUAUAUGCAGUGGGUUUUUGACAAGCAUAUGGUUUUACAAGUUUUAUAACUGAAAUUGCUGGAAAGGUAAAAGCUAAUUGGAGUUAAUGCUAUAUUUUGCAUUUCCCAUGAACUAAUGUCAACUGCAGAAGAUUAUUAGGACUGUGUAAUUUGUUAUUGUUAUAUAAUUUAGUAGCUGUAUUUAUGAACAUUAAUUUGCAGUAUAUUUCACUAUAUUUGUUAUUUUACAACUUGACUGGUCCCAAACUCUUAUACUAAAGCAGUUAGUAUCUUGCAACUGUGUAAUAUUUUGCUUUUUGCUUAUUUUCUCCAAGUCAAUCAAAGAAAUUGUAUUUAAGUAUCAAACUAUUCAAGGAAAGGGGCAAAUAAUAUUCACGGAGAAGAAAUUGUUUAGCGUAUGUUUUUAUUGUGUUGCGUUAUUACCUGAUUUCACUUUAUAUUUGCUAGACAAUGAACAUUUCUAGUAUUUAUUGAAACAGCUUAAUUUGCACACCCUGUACUCUACACAAAAGAAUGUAUAAAAUACGAGAAUUAAGUUUUAGUUAAAGUUGUGACUCUGAUUUGUUACAGCAGAACUUUAAAUUGCCUGGCAUUUUGAAGAUUUUGGCUAAGCUGAUAGUACUUUGCAACAUCUGUGCCAUAAGUACUUGAGAAGAUUAAGGUUUCCUAUUAUUUUUUAUAUCAAAACAAUCAGUGUGGACUUUGUUGGACCCUGAGUCUAGAGACAUUUGAGGUAACAGGAGCCUUCAAAUGUUCGGACUAGAUUUACUAGCAUGUGCCUUUUGCCUGUUACUCUGAUUUAGCAAAAUAUUUAAUCCAAAAUUAUUUUGUAUGUUAUCAUGAAAAAUUCCACUGUAUUCUAGUCCUUUUCAUUUGGCUUACAUUAAGUGGUGCUGCUCGAUGGCUUUCACAGUAGACUUGCAAUGAAGAAAUACAUAGCCAACCAGUAUUUGUCCUGUUACAAAGUCGAACUCUUUAAGCUCUUCAAGUUUCACCAUCUCCUGCAAAGGCAUUUGCAUUUGUCUUGUUUCAAGAAAUUCACCAUCCUCAAGUCAGUGAGAUACAGAUUUAAUUCAUCAGGACUCAGUGAAUUUGUUCUUUACUCAUUAGUUUCAGUGAGGCUACAUGAUUACCAUGCAUCACCUCAAGAUGAGAGCUGUAUUCCAAGAACCAAAUUAUACGAUUUUCUGACAAGGAAUGAUAUAUCCCAUGGAAGAAAAGCUUUUUUUUUUUUUUUAAACAUGUGAUCUGCUCUUAUUUUAUUUUAUAAUUUAAACUUGUCUACCAGUCCUUUAAGGUAACGUUUCUGCUUAUUGCUUAUGGAUAUUUGUUGUGAAAUUGUUAUAUUAGUGACAGAUGAAAUACACCAAGUGAAUCAUGAUAAAGUAAAAAAAAUAAAGGGAACUUUUGUCUGGUUUUAUUAUACUGCUUCUCCAAAACCAGAGGGUAAGCCUUUCAAGCAGCACCUUUGAAGAGUUAUGUGUGUGAAUUAAUAUGCACAUAUCAUACAUAUGUGUGUACACACAUUCAUGUGUACACACUCCCACAGGUUACAAUUGGUUUAAUUAUGAGUAGGGUCGCGAGUAAAACUUUUGGAAAGUGCUCUCAUGCUGAAUUGUAAUUUCUUCUUACCUGUAAAGUGAAAUUAAGAUAAGAUAUAUCUCAUGUCUUUGUUAAUAUAAUUUUUAACAGUCCUGAAGUUAGAACUUAUUUUGAACAUCAUGGGUUUGUUCUCACUUUAAGUUUUAACAAGCAAUGCCAUUGCAAUUAUGUGGAUUAUAAGUGAUUUUAAGAAGGCAGUGACCUGCGUUAAGAUCACCUUGAACAUUGUGUUUCUUCUCACUGUACUAGUAUUCUUCUCACAAAAGGUCUAUACAAUAUUUGUUGAUUUAUUUUAAAAAUUGUAUCAGGAUCUUUGGAAAAUUAGAAGCUUUUCAUUAACAUGCAUUGAUUUUGAUUUGAAUUAUUAUUUUCUAAAUUUCUAUGCCUAUCUGUAAAUCAUUUCCACACAGUAUCAAUUAAGCUUUUGUUUGUAUUAUUGUUGUUUAUUUGCAGCUUAGUUGUUACUUAGUUUUUCUUUAUAACAAUGCCAUCAAUGUGCAUGCUUUUAUUUGUUUUAUUUUUUAUUUUUUAGAAAAGGUAUGUUUGGAUAAAAGUUUAAAAAAAUAAAAUAUCUCACUGUCUCUUA